UUAAGAAGAUGCUUGUAAAUUAUCACAUCAACGUGAAAGUUAACUACACCUUUUUCCUUAUGUGCAAGGUUUACAAGAAAGCGGCGAUAAACAGGGCAAGCAAAAAGCUCAACAACUGGAAUAAAUACUAAGGACAAAUGUUUACUUCCUUCGUGAACAUUCUGUGAAAAAAUGCUUCGAAAUAAAGUAAAACUAACGUCAAAAGGAUUUUCACACCAUAGACAUAAGAACGCAAACCCGACUUGAACCCGUCUCUCUUUUUUAUGACUAUGGUCACACAUAUCAAAAAUAGGCCAUUUCUUUUACGUCACAAUAUAUUUAAAUUUCUAUGUGUGACUAUACAAAAAUAUUAUUGUCACACAAAAAUAAUUUUAACGACGUUUACUCUAUAAAAAUAUUGGUGGCACCAAGGAGGUUUAUAAGGAGAUGUGUUUCCUCUCUCUACAAAACUCCUCGGUGGUACUGCACUGUAUAAUACUACAUUUAAAGAUAACAGAUGUAAAAAAAUUACGUCAUAUUGCUUCAACACUUAAGUUGGUGUCAUCUGAUUUCAGAUUCAAGGAACUUACCCCUGUCCCAAGAACGCGGUAACCCCAAAUAAAUUCAAAAUUUUGCACUCUUUUUUACACUGAAAGUUACGAUAAGUUUUACUACUACAUCAUAUGCCCAUUAAAUGUUCAGCCUAGUCAAAGAGGCGGCUGAUACUUUAUGCUUCAGGCCCUACCCCCCUUUUCUACCUAGUGCCACAUUAAGGACUCUUAUAGUCAUUUGUACUUUUAGGUAAAUGAUAUGUUUAUUAAUAAGUUGGACAGAUCCUAACCUAGAUAAAUCUUAACUUCCUCGAAAACAACACCAAGAUUUUUUAGGCCAGAUUAAAUUUUCGAAAAAAAAAUACAUUGUAUAACUUUUUUGAAAUACAUAUCUUGUUUAUUUAGACGACGUAAAACCUUAAAGAACUCUUGCAACAAGCGUGUUUCCUUAACUUCUAUAGAAAUGAAAGGUCACAAUGACUUAAAAUCACAUGAAACUGUUUAUAAAGACGACGAAGCAGGUCUACUAAACGAAUCUUACUAUAAUGUUGCAGCGAAGCCGGCAUUUCCACCUCUUUCUGUUCAAGAGUUUUUGUCAUUUUAUUUGGAACACAAGGAUAAAAUCAGCUCAGACAUUGUAAAGCAAUUUAAAAGUGUUUCAUUGAAACAUUUACAUGAACAUAAAGUUGGAUCAAUGCCUAAAAAUAAAGAAAAAAAUCGUUACUCGAACGUCACAGCGUACGACCAUACUCGCCUUGUCUUGGAGAAAAUUACUGGUAAAGAGACUAGUGAUUACAUUAUUGCAAACUAUAUACAGAACUAUAAUGGACAAGUUGAAUAUAUUGCUGCUCAAGGACCAAAAAAGGGAACAAUUUUUGAUUUCUGGCGAAUGGUGCUUGGUGAAAAACCUGCAGCUAUUGUCAUGCUUACAAAGAUAUCAGAAGAGGGCAAACGAAAGUGUGAGCAGUAUUGGCCAAUAAAUGGAAAAGAGGUUUAUAUUGGCAUUGAAGUGGAAGUGAUUGACGUACAAGUACAUGCUGACUAUGUAAUUCGUUAAAUAAAAGUGUGUUACGAAAAUAAUAAGCAUCAGAUUACGCAUUUUCACUUUACGUCGUGGCCUGACCACGGUUGUCCAGACUACCCCACGUUGCUGCUAAAUUUCUGCUAUCGGGUGAGACAGCUUAUCCCAUAUGAAAGUGGG